GACUGGGGUACUGCGAUUGCGCAUUGGAAACAACUUUUCCAGGACCCGAGAGGAAUGACUCUAUAUAGAUUACCGGGGCGUUAUAUGCAUACAUAUUUCAAGUGUAUAGUUAAACACCGUAAUCAUUUUCUACAACUUGUGGCUUGCAUUUGUCACUAGCAUUGGCCGGCUGGGAACUCGUACUCGCCUUUUAUUGUGCGUAUUCCAGCAUCGCGUAGAAAACAAGGGAACGCUAUUUCAAAAUAGACACGUUAUCGGAGUUUAAAAACACUUGUACCGGUACCUCUCUCGAUAAACAGCCUAUUAUGUAUCUUUAAGAAUUUGUGAAUCAAAAUAAGUACUUUGGAUCAUGAUGACGACCUUCGUUGCGAAAGAAGAAUCGACUGUUUUGGAUAUCGAGUGAUUGAAGUUUCAGCUAGACUGGGUUCUUUACCGGCGAGCAGAGGGUUUACACGGGGAGUCGUGCCCCGCUGGACCAGGGAGAUACGGAGUGGAGUGUGGUACAAAGCCAACGGGCAGCCGCUGCUAAGUAUGAGCUUAUCGGGCUGCCCGCAUGUAGCUGCCUUCAAGAAGAGCAAAGGAACGAAGCCCUUUAGAAUUAUUCAAGCUUUCUUUGUGUCUUGUAGCUCUGUCGAAAAUGUUAAGAGAAAAGCUCGGGCAGGUAGCUGUCACGUAUGUCAUCAGUAUAACCAACGUCUUCAUGCGUGCCUACAUUGUGUGUUCUUCGGCUGUUAUAUGAUGGGCCAUAUACAGGAUCAUGCUAGGUCCACCAAACACCACCUGGCUGUUGACAUGACUCAUGGAACGGUAUUCUGUGUGGCGUGUGGAGACUAUGUCUAUGACUCUGAAUUUGAGCAGAUAUCGCAGGAGGAGAGAUUGAAUUGCUCAAAGUUCCAUGGUUCUAGCGUCCAAGGUUUCUCUGCUUGGGAAGCUACAGGCUAUGAGAUAGAGCUCCUUAGGAGGAACCCCACAAGAAAGAAAGUAUCGGGAGGCUCUACAAUAGGUCUACGAGGUCUGAUCAACCUAGGAAACACGUGUUUCAUGAAUUGCAUCGUUCAGGCCUUGACACACACUCCACUUCUCAGGGACUUCUUCCUUUCAGACAAGCAUCAUUGCGACAAUGAACGCAGCAGAGAACAAUGUCUAGUGUGUGAAAUGACCAGGGUAUUUCAGGAGUUCUAUUCUGGAAUCCGAUCCGUGCACAUUCCUUAUCGGUUAUUACAUCUGGUUUGGACUCAUGCGAGGCAUCUAGCUGGAUACGAGCAGCAAGAUGCCCAUGAAUUCUUCAUUGCUGCACUAGACGUCUUACACAGACAUUGUAAAGGGCACAAUGGAGCAUCAGGCAAUAAUCCAAACCAUUGCAAUUGUAUCAUUGACCAAAUCUUUACUGGAGGGCUGCAGUCUGAUGUUACAUGCCAAGCAUGCAAGGGUAUAUCAACAACGGUAGAUCCAUUUUGGGAUAUAUCUUUAGACCUCGGACCAUCUAGUAGUACCGGUAGUGCGCCCCUGCCUGUACCUAUCAUUGUACCUACCCCUAUACAAGACUUCUCAGUAGACAGUAACUCUUCAGGUUCCAGUACUAGUAGUAGCAGUCUCCAUAAUGGUGAUUCAGGCCUUAUGUCACCCCCUGGGUUUGAUGAUGUACCACAUUCCCUAGAUGACUGCUUACGAAGAUUUACCCGUCCAGAGUAUUUGGGCAGCAGUGCAAAGAUUAAAUGCAGUGUUUGUCAGAGCUAUCAGGAAUCUACCAAACAACUCACUAUGAAGACUCUACCACUGGUUGCAUGCUUUCAUCUAAAGAGAUUUGAGCAUUCAACGAGAUUCAGGAAAAAGAUUUCAACGUUCAUCUCUUUCCCCCAUGAACUGGACAUGACGCCGUACAUGUCUACUCAUCGGAGAGCCAAUGGUCUGAGUCAUCACAGGCCAAACAGAACAACUACCUCAGAUAAUCAAUACUCCUUGUUUGCAGUGGUCAACCACCACGGGUCCCUCGAAGCAGGUCAUUAUACGUGCUAUGUCAGGCAGCACCAAGAUCAAUGGUUCAAGUGUGAUGAUGCCCUCAUCACGAAGGCAUCCGUUCAUGAUGUCCUGCAGAGCGAAGGGUACCUUCUCUUUUACCACAAACGGAUUUUGGAGUAUGAGUGACACAGGAUAGCAUACUAGCACCAGUUCUAUUUCGCAAGUAUUCUGCACUCAUCAGAACCUGUUCGGAUGCAAUCAAAGACUAUUUCAAUUUUAUUUGUGUGUGAAACCGAGGCAAGAGACCACUAAAGAGACUUAAAUAUGCUUUGUAGUCCAAAAAUUGUAUAAAAAAAAAAACAAUCUUGUAUUGUGGAAUUCCAAGUGGGACUGAAUAUGUGUUCACGCAUCUGUAGUACCUUUCUGUGUUUGUGAACCUGCGUCGUCAUGAAAAUUUUGUCUUCGUUGAGUGGAUAGCUGGGCACCAAAGCAGCACUUAUAGUUCACCGUCUGGAUUUCAUGUGUUCCUAAUGAUUUGAUUGCUUCUGAUGCCGAAAGAGAAGAAGUAGUUAUGAAGAGAAUAAUAGCAUGGAUAAAUUCAUUGAGAACUUAGGAGUAGGUGGAGCAAGCCUUGAGGGGAUGGAUAAUCUACAGAUCUCUAAAACAUUGUCGUGUUUUGGAAAAGAGCCAGAGGUAUAUUUUACUGCACCAAUAAAGGGGAUGAGCAUAGGAAGGAUGGUCUGCAGAGAUGAAUUCUUGGCCCCGUCUUACAAAGAGUUAUGAUUGAUCCAAUCAAUCGUAGCUCUAUGGAAAUCCAUCGGUGCCAUAAUUUUUUCUACUGGAAAUUUGCAAAAUGUCCCUUGUAAACAAAGGAAAACACACCAAAUUGUCAAGAAAUCAAUGACUUUAUGGAUAUACAUUCAUAUCUAGAAAUUGUUUGAACAAACGUGCAUUUCAUAUGUUGACUUUGCUGGCUUUCCAUAGUUGCGAUUGAUCGGAUCAAUCGUAACUCUUUGUAAGACGGGCCCCUGGUGUUCUCUCUCUUCAUUCUGGAGACUCUUCACUAAACCAGUCACACAGCCAACCAGGCAUUCAGUAUCACAUCUUCCAGGAGUAGUCUUGGACAGGAAUUGGUAAACUUGCUGAACCUAUGUUUUAAGCUUUUCUUUAAAAAAAAAAUCUACUAGGUAAUCUAUUCAAGACAGGGUGACAUCUGUUGACAUCAAGCUACUCUAAAUCUCAUCAAAAGAAGUUUGAUAUUUCUGACCAGACACUUGCACUGUACUUGGUCUAAACGCAGACCCUACUUGGCUCUCUGAUAAAUUUCAUUAUUAUUGUUUGGAGUCAAGCGCUGAUUCUUACUCUCUAUGUUUGGAGCGGCAACAUUACGCAACCCCCGUUUGCUUCUUUCGGUCUAGCAUUCCGACUGCUGUAACAUGUUUCAACAAAUCAGGGACUGUGCUGCAAACUACUGGAAACCCGUCUGAGAUUAGUUUGUAUGAGAUAUUAGGCAGGUUUGGCAUAUGUACAUCUGGCUUGAAACCUGUCCAAGACCUUAUCUGAGAGUGUUCUCAGGCAAGUUUGAAAAUGAAAUGAAAUGAUAUAAAAUUGGAGUCAUACUUUGCUGCCCAGUAAGCCAGUUCAUAAGCUAACAUAUAGGUUGAACCCCUUCUAGUAACUCUAUAUUAAAAGGUAAUCAAACAUGGUCUAAGAUUUAUCAAGCAACUUAGGUAGCAACAUGGAGGACUUAUUCUUUCAAAUGAGAGUGCUCCUUAAUCUGAAAAUUAAUCAUGUCCAUGAUAGUAUAUGUUCCUUAAACCUGAUGGUAUGGUGAGGGUCAAAUUUUUGCCAAGUUCCUGACGUCGUUUCGAAUCAGUCAUAACAACGUAAGUCAUUUCUUUUUGCCAAUUUGACAUGGAUGACAUUCAAUUGUUGAUUGCAAAUGAUGAUUCUGUAGAUGCUCAUGUGGGAAAUUGGCAUUUGAUCUACUCUCACUUUGUCUUUUAUUCUAUUUGAUCUCAUCCCAUACAGUCUGAACUAACCAUUUGGUCUAUUAGCCUAUUUACUAUUUUGCCUAAUUUCCUUGUUCUUAGGUGCUAAAUUCAUUUCUCCUAGUAUCCAUCUGGUGGGUGUUUCAUAAAGGACUUGCGACGGGUGUAACUUUGCCAUAAUGGCAACUACCACGGUAACACGGCUCAGCAGCCAAUCAUAAUCAAGGUUACCAUGGUAGCUGCCAUAAUGGCAAAGUUACAACAGUUGCAAGUCCUUUAUGAAACGGGCCCCUGCUGGGUGUUUUAUAAAGCUGUUUGUAAGUACCAAACAUCUUUAAGAACGACUGGUGAUCUUUGUGGUAAAUGAUAUCCAAAGAAUUUUCAUUGAUUUAGCGUGUAAGAAAGGAUCACCAGUUGUUUUUAAAUCCAAUACCACAUGAUCCACAUCAUGAGAUGAACUGUUAUUGAAUCAAAUGUUCAUUCGACAAAGUGUGAGAUAAAGAGUAGAUGAAGUAGAAAUUUACUAUCAGAGCAUUAGACUUGAGGAGAAUGAGACUAAAUGGGUGGUAUUCUCAUAGCCAUGGUUUAGUUAAACCUGGGUUAAGUUAGACCACACUUUUAUGGGGUGCCAGGACUACUGUCCAACUUAUUAACACAUUAAGAAUUAUUCUUACACUGCUGCAAACAGUUAUUUAAAAAAAACUUAGUCGAGUCGUGUAAUGGGAAGAAUAUAAAAAGAUAAUGAAUUAUAAUGGAUUAGUCGAUAAAUUAUAUACAGAAGGAAUAUUGUGAUGUCGGCAUCCCAUAGAAUUGUGGUUUGAAAUUCUAGUUUAGACUAGGGUUAAAGCUAGAUUUAAUUAUCAGAAUAUCACCCAAUGAGUAUGAGACAAAGUGGAGUGUAGACCAGAUGGCAAUUAGAUCAAAUUGAAAGUAGACCAAAUGGAUUUAGCCAAUAGGCCAACUGAAUAUAAGUGAAUAUAAACUGUUUAUGUCGCCUUCUGUAAGGCUGUCACUAUGUCUAGCUUAGCAAUAUGAUUU